GGUAGCGCGGCGGCCCGGCCGCGGGGGACCCGGAGAGCCGCGGCGACGCCGGCCAGGAUGGUGCUGGAGAGCGUGGCCCACAUCGUGAAGGUGCAGCUUCCCGCAUACCUCAAGCGGCUCCCGGUGCCCGAAAGCAUUUCCGGCUUUGCCAGACUCACAGUUUCAGAAUGGCUUCGGCUACUGCCUUUCCUUGGUGUACUUGCACUACUGGGCUACCUUGCAGUCCGUCCAUUCCUCUCGAAGAAAAAACAACAAAAGGAUAGCUUGAUUAAUCUUAAAAUACAAAAGGAAAAUCCAAAAGUGGUGAAUGAAAUAAACAUUGAAGAUCUGUGUCUUACUAAAGCAGCUUAUUGUAGGUGUUGGCGUUCUAAGACGUUUCCUGCCUGUGAUGGUUCGCAUAACAAACACAAUGAAUUGACAGGAGAUAAUGUGGGUCCACUAAUAAUGAAGAAGAAAGAAGUAUAGUAACGAAUUAGGAUUGAAUUCAAUUGUAUAAAAUCUUAUAACAAUAUUUUCUCAUUAUUUGUGUAUAGAAAAUUUUGAAAUGGUCGUCUUAAUUAUUACUACCUGUUGAGAAAUUAUUUCUGUCAGUUUAUCUACUUUCUACACUACUGUUUAUAUUUGAUACUUUAUAUAUUCAAACACUUACAUAGAAAUUAACUUGUUAUUGUUAAGCCUCUUAUUCUGACUUCAGAAUUAAUGUAUCUUCCAACAAUAAAAUCAACAUUUUUGAUUUUAAUUGAGAAAUAUCUAAAUUUUGGCAGUGUGUCCAAAGCUGUUUUUUUGAAUAUCAUUAUUUUCAACAGAAUCUAUAUUCUGAAAUUUUCCCUCCAUGCUGUUAAAUAUAUUAUUUUUUCAUGUCUCUUUUGUUUUGAUAGUUGGAAGUAUUUAUUUUUCCUUUCGGCCUUCUGCGCUCCAUUGUGUUUAGAUGAAUUACGAAAACUAUUGCAAUUAAGAAUUACUUGUUUUCACAGACAUACAUUCUUUGAUUUAUAGAGAGUGUUGUCUAAUUAAUAUGAAUAUCCCAAUUUCAGAAAAGUAGUAAACUGGAUAUAAAAAGUUCUACUGAGAACAGUUAUUUACAUUAUAAAAGAUUUAUUUCCUUUA